AUGGAUCGGGAGAGGUACUAUAACCUCGAGGAUGAGCAGGAGUGGGAAUCCAUCAAAAGGACUGACAAUGCACUCGUAAUCGCCCUUGGAGUGUACGCUAACAAGUACCGCGACCGCGAUUUGAGGGAUUUUAGGGGGUUUUCUGAUCACCCAGAUCUUUCGGUCUAUCGGGUGGACGAUGAACGAGUCCCGGGGAUUUGGAAUGAGCUUGGCCACCGCCGCCCAAUGACGCCAACCUGGUUCAUCUUCUCAUCCUUACUGGACAAGGAAAAGGUCCUGGAGAAGGCAGUUGAUGCUUAUGAUGAUUUUGAAUUGUUCAGUGUUAUUAAAUCCGCUGCUGAAAAAUCAUACGACAUAAGAGUACGAAAACCGUUGGAAGGGAAGUUCCCCAACAUCCAGGUCGUAUAUUCGCGGUACGUACCACCCAAACGUCCAACCCCCUGUGUCUGA